AUGCGGGGGAACGUCCUUUGCCUCGCUUUUGCCGCCAGCCUCGCCUUUGAGGCUGUCGCACAAACAACAAUAACCGUGGGAGUUGACGAUGAAGAUGAUUCUUUUAGCUCUGUUACAACCAGCGCUACGAAAAGCGAGGAUCCCCGCACGUGCGGGUAUGUCGAUGGCGAUCCCGAUCUUCCAGUGACAUGUUCCUCAUCUUGUGCCAUUCUUUCCGUGUCUGGCCGGGACAGUAUCCAUCUCGGCUGCUGUGAUGACGACCAAUGCGACAUCCGAACAACAUGCAUCGAAUCAGGCACACCAUCUGGGAGGGCCACCCUGGUAUGCACUGAAGAGUCAAGCUCAAGAUGUGGGACUUUGACCUGGCCCGAUCUUUCGGGAGAGCGAUAUAGCUGUGCAAAUAUACCAGUCACAUUAACGGUAGCCACAAAAACAACCACAGAAACACUCACUUCCAGCACGAGAGAUAUAGUGGAUGCUACGACCGCCGCACCCGAUCCCGAUGGCGGUCCCGGGAUGGGUUGGGAGCAUGACCUGAGUUCGAGACAAAGAGUUGGUGCUGGGAUCGGAUCGGGUGUGAUUGGUGGUCUACUGCUGAUAUUCUUCGGCAUAUUCGGAUGCUGGAGAGGACCAGAACAUCCAAGGACCCAACGACAAGAUACAGAGCAAUCAGAUGUUCAUCUACCGGGCGAAAAGGCCGCCACGAAGCGCAGAGUGACCAACAGAGUAAAAAUGGAAGAGACUCAGCCGAGCGCAUCUUGGACCCCGAGUCCCGUCAACAUCCAGUCCCCUCAGCCUCUGCGCCCUCAACCUCCCUAUUACUCAACUAGCGAUAUACCAGGGAGUAGUAUGGGAUAUCGAAAUCCGCAAUAUUAA